UACGGCUACUGUGCCGCCAUAAACGGCGUCUUUACGAUGUCUGCAUUGUGUGCGACAACCGAGACGAAGCCGCUCGGCCGCACGUUCACGGAGAGUCCAGGUGAAUUGUGGCUCCGCGGCGUUCAAAAGGAGCUCAACGUUAGCGAGCGGGCUAACAAUGCUAACGGCUGGGCUGCGGGUAAUACCUGGAAAAUGCCUCGGAACGCCCUCGGAACGCCGCCUGACAAGCCUGCCAUAGCGCCUCCUGUGUUUGUUUUCCAAAAAGAUAAAGCACAGAAGCGAUCUGCGGAGGGCUCAAGUGCAGAGGAUGGAGAAGAUUCAGAUAAAGACGAGGGAAGCUAUUGCCCCCCUGUGAAAAGGGAAAGGACCUCAUCGUUCCCACCCCCACAUUCUGUUCCCAAGAACAAUGUAUUCAUGCCCUCAAGUUUCUGCCAGUCUCCAACUGGGAACUCUGACUCUGAGCCAGAGGAGAAGCCUAUGGGAUUCCGUUUAAAGCCACCGACUCUCAUACAUGGACAGGCACCAAGUUCAGGCGUCCCAAGUCAGAAACCCAAGGAACAGCAACGCAGUGUCCUCCGCCCUGCAGUUCUCCAGGCACCGCCCUCUAAAUCACAUAUAGAGUCCAAUUCCAGUUGUGGAACCAACGGUGUGAAAAAGUCAUCAGAUGGUGCACCUGGGACCCAGUCCCUCUUCCUGAACAACACAGAGCACUCAGCCACCCUGGCCAAGUCACUGAAACAUGAAAAUGAGGAAGAUGGAGCAAGUGGUAACAAAGAUGGAGGCGGAAGAGAGAAGAAGGAGACAGAUGUAGCAAUAUCUUUUGUGUUUGGUCAGAAUAUCAAAGACAGAGCAAAGUUGGAAGAGAACAGUACAGAAGACAAGUCAAAGGAUGGUGUGCCACUGGACUCUCAAACAGAGGGCACUAAUUAUUUCUUACAGUACAUCUCUACCCCAAGUUCAAAAAAUGCCACAAACAGUACAGACAGUGGGGCAAAAUUUGUUUUUGGGCAGAAUAUGUCUGAACGAGUUCUGAGUCCCCCAAAGGGUGAGUCCUCAAAUGAGGAGAAUAAAGAAGUUCCAGCUGCCCCUGUUUCAGAGCCCUCAUCACAGGAGACCACCCCAGAGAAGGCAGUGAACAGCGUGUCAGAGUCUUUGGAGGAGUCUGCAGCAGCUUACACCAAAGCCACAGCCAAGAAGUGCAUCUUAGAGAAGGUCGACGUCAAAACUGGAGAGGAAUCGGAAAGCAAUGUUUUACAGAUGCAGUGCAAGUUAUACGUAUUUGAGAAGACUGCUCAGUCGUGGAUAGAGCGAGGUCGAGGUUUGCUGAGGCUCAACGACAUGGCGUCGACAGAUGAUGGCACGCUACAGUCCCGUCUAGUGAUGAGGACCCAGGGCAGCCUCCGGUUGAUCCUCAACACUAAACUUUGGCCCCAGAUGCAGGUGGACAAGGCCAGCGAGAAGAGUGUACGAAUCACUGCCAUGGACACAGAGGACCAGGGGGUCAAGGUCUUCCUAAUAUCGGGUAGCUCUAAGGACAUAGGUCAGUUGGCUGCAGCGUUACAUCACCGUAUCUUAGCCCUGAAGAGCAGGGCAGAGCAGGAGCCUGAGACCCCGGCAACAACCAUCCCUGAGGCCGAGGUACCGCAGUCCAACGAGGAUGACAGCGACGAGGAGGACAAUGCCUCUGCCUCAGCUUCAGCCUCCACUCCUGCUACGAGUAAUUCAGAGGGAGGAGAGAGCCAGGCAGCAGGAAGCACAUAGCGUCACUCUUGGACAGCCUGCUAAGAUGCUGUUGUUGAGGCAUUUUGCUGUAGGCAUCUCCAUGGACACCCCUUGACCAACAUGGGUCCUCCAGACCAGUACUUUUGGAUAUUAGAAGUCUAGCUCCAGGAAAAUAACCCCUUGUGCCGGAGUGUCUCACCCAACUCGUGCAGUUCAUCUUCUCUGCAUUCAGCGUAAUAUCUGGAGUCGUUUCUUCCCUCCCUCUCCUGUUUUGUGUUUUAUUUUUGUUUUCGAGUAUUUUUUCCUCUCCCCGAUAGCAAAAAUAAAGACUUCAAAGCUUUGGUUUGGGACUUUUCUGCUCAUCAUAUUGAUGAGUGUAAGGGUGUUUUCCUCUACAUUUUAAAGUAUGGCACAUGUUAAGACUGCAGUUUCUACUUUGGGACCUUUUUACUCACUCUACAGUUGUGCCUCUGGACGCCACACAUCCAGAGGAGCUUCAUUCAGUGUAUUUGACUAGUCAUCAGUCAGUUGUUCCUACAUUGAGUCCAAUCCUCCUCCUACCCCCCCAUCCCAACCAGUCCGUGCGUUAGGUUUUGGCAAAUGUAAUUUAUUUUGGAUCGUCAUUUUCAUGAGGCAUCUCAACACAUAUGUGCUGUUUGUAAUGGCUAGCCAAGACCACUCAAGUUGUCAUUAAUAGCAGUUUCUUAUAUUUCCUAUUGACCUAUAUUAUACUGAAUAAAAGACUGAAACAAUGCAGUUUCUGCUAACGUGAGUUAAUUAUGUCAGGACAAAAGAGCAGAAGGAUUCACCUCAAAUUUCUCUCUAAAUUAAUAAGAUGUGUUAGUCAUUCACCUUGUUGUUUUUUUUUUAAUGAUUUUAUUUUUGUUUCCAAAUCCAAAAAGGUAAUUCAUCAGUCUACAUUCUGCAUGUAACUGUUAAUUCUUUUUUUUUUCCUUUGAGCAUCCCAAGGGUUUACUGUGUUGAUACAUAUUUUUUUAUUUUGAAAAUAUACAAACUUUUUAUCCAUUUACAUUUGGAAAAACAUAUUGGAAUGAAGACUUAACUUCAUGUGUGGAAAAUUUGAGUGAUAACUGUAAUACCUUUUGAAUGUCAUGUACAUUUGAAUAUAUCAUUUAGUAGCGCACCAUGUUUUCUCAUCUCCUCCAACUGCCCCCUUUACAAAAUAAACCAUUUUGGACUGACA